AUGGCGGACAGAUACUCAUUCUCUCUCACAACAUUCUCUCCCAGCGGCAAGCUGGUCCAGAUUGAUUUCGAUCCCUUCCUCCAUAACUAUCAUCACCUCCCUAACAACCAACCCACAGAAUAUGCUUUGAACGCCGUCAACCAGGGCGUAACAGCGCUAGGCAUCAAAGCCACAAACGGCAUCGUGCUAGCGACGGAAAAGAAGUCCUCCUCCCCGCUCGCCGACCCGUCCUCGCUCUCCAAGAUCAGCCUGAUCACGCCCAACAUCGGCAUGGUCUACUCGGGCAUGGGGCCCGACUACCGGGUGCUGGUGGACCGCGCGCGGAAGGUGUCGCACACGGGCUACAAGCGCAUCUACAACGAGUACCCCCCCACCCGCAUCCUGGUGCAAGACGUCGCCCGCGUCAUGCAGGAGGCGACCCAGUCCGGCGGUGUUCGGCCGUAUGGUGUAAGCCUGCUCAUUGCGGGUUGGGAUGAGGGUGUGCUUCCUGAGGAUGAUGAGGCAGGUGGUGAGGGGAAAGGGGGAGAGAAGAAGGGGGAAGAAAUGGAAGAGGAGGGAGAGGAGAAGAAAAAGCCGACGGGAAAGACGGGCGGUAUUCUUAAGGGUGGUCCCAUGCUCUACCAGGUUGAUCCGAGCGGGAGUUACUUCCCCUGGAAGGCGACGGCGAUUGGGAAGAGUGCCACGACGGCCAAGACGUUCUUGGAGAAGAGGUACACUGAGGGGUUGGAGCUUGAGGAUGCGGUGCAUAUCGCGCUGCUGACCCUCAAGGAGACUAUUGAGGGGGAGAUGAGCGGGGAGACUAUUGAGAUUGGCAUUGUCGGCCCUCCAGCGGACCACCUCCUCGGCGUCGAGGGCGUCGAGGGCGCGGUGGGCCCCCGCUUCCGGAAGCUCACGCCGCAGGAAAUUGAGGACUACCUCACGAAUCUAUGAUUUCUGGGAUGGCGUUCUGAUGAGGACCAUGAUGGGUUGCGCGCGGUUUUUUGUACAACUAGACGACGGGGGGGGAAUAGAAAACAGCCACCUCUGACA